UUAUCGUUUUCCGCAAAAUGGGCUCCAAGUUGGAACUUGCCUGGCCCGAAGAGCAACAACAUGUGGUCUUCCGGGAGCUGGCGAUUCAUGCCAAGCGUAUGGGUCGUUAUGCGGUGGCCUCCGGAAAUUAUGGCAAGGCGGUCCAGGCUAAUCCGUAUGCGCUGGAUUCUCAUUUCGGAAAAAGCGUUGCGGAACUGAAAAAUUCGGACCGAAUAAAAGCACUGGCCAGUGUCAGGGAAGGAUUAGCCGUUGAGCGAGAUGAGGAAGACCCCCGGGGAGAAGAUUUUGACCUUUCACUACACGAAUGUCACACCCUGUUCGAGAUCGAUGAGUUUGAGGAACACGUUAGGGUAACCUCUGACAGGGCCAAGCCUUUCGGAGGACAUCGUAAGAAAGAUUUUGAUGGAGAAAUUCGUUUGGCGCAUCGAAACUACGAGAAUGUUUUGGGAUUCCGAGCUGGGCCUUGUCUGUAUGAGCAACGACAUCGACUGAAGGCAAUUGCAGAAGAACGUGCUCAAGCUAUUACUGAUGAUCGACCCGCUUGGAAGAUCAAACGAGCAAAAGGAGAAUGCGAUGCGGUGAGUUUAGUUGAAAUAAUCGAACGGGAGACUCAUAUCCGGGAGAAGGAACGACAGGAUAAAAACCUUAGAACUUUGGGUCAAGUUUAUCUGAAUCAUGGAUGGAAAGAUUUGGCAUUUUUAAAUACCUUACGCAAAGGUGGUGUUUGGGAGAAAACUGUUAACCUUCCAGAAGCACCGGAAAGUUCAAAAGUUCUCUCGGAUACCAUAGAAGAGUGCUUUGAAAAGGUUCAUGAUGGCCUGCAAAGUCUUCAAUCCAGAACACCUUUUUACACCUAUCGGCGAAAUCGAUUCGGCAAUUCAGACAAAGCUAAAGACUAUCUCAUGGACAAUAUUUUUAAAAUUCGCUAUAAAACAUACCGAGACGUCUAUAAUCAGCUGGAUCGUAUGCACGAACUUCGCAAUCAGAAUCAGCUGCUUCAACUACGCGAAUAUACCGCAGAUGUACUGUGGAAUUAUUAUCAACUGAAAACGGAACGCGUCUUUCCCGAUCGCUAUAAGUUCGUCAACGAAGUUUGCAAUCUGGUUGGGUUAGCGAUCGUCGAUAGUUAUGUCAUUCCGACGGGUUUGAUGGAUGAACCUCUGCAGGAUCGGUUGCUGAUUCUAUUCCAACUUCCUCUGAUAAGAGAUGACGACAAGAUCAUCGUACCAAUUUUCGGAGAUAAAUCCACCUACAGAGAUCCAGCGGCACCGGACUAUGGAUACAUCGCCUAUAAGAAUCAAAUUACUCUUCUUGAAAAGCGGGUUCCAUACUCACGGUACGCCUUGGAGCGGGCCUUCCUGUAUCACGAAAUGUGCCAGCAUCAUCUGACGGCGGGAAAGCUGGACGAAACGCGCAUCAUGGCUAGACGUAUCGUUGAGGAAGCCAAAAGCUGCGGCAGCAAUCUGUGGAAGUUUCUCGGUACGAUUGCCCUGGUUCGGGCCGACUGUGCCCAAAUGAAUCUGGAAAAGCUGACCGUCACUCUGGAGGAUGCCCACCAAGCGGUAACCUCGCUGGAUGACGAACGCCUGGAACAUGUGGUGCAAAUUGCCAAAAUUAUCAAUAAUCAACUUAUCUACGCAAAAUUCGAGAAGAGGGAUUCAACGCAGCUUAACCGUAUGGAUCUUAGCUAAAGUAAAACUUUUGUUACUUAACAAACCUGGAUAACCCAAAAUAAAUCUUGG